AUGGGGAAGCGACGGGCUUCUUCAAAUCCUCUAGAGGACUCCGCCAAGGGGACCCUCUAUCACCCGGGCUAUUCAUACUCGCCACUGAAGCCUUCUCCAGAAAUUUCAAGUAAUUGGUCGAUAGAGGUUGAUACAAUCUGUUUAAGCUUCAGAGGCUACCCGCCCAUCUCCCAUCUGCUCUUUGCAGAUGAUACCCUGUUAUUCGUAAACGGGAGCUGGGAGUCACUACUCCAAGUCAAGAGUUUCCUGUCUUCCUUCCAAGAAGUUUUUGGGCAAAAGAUCAACUACAACAAGAGUUGCUUCCUUUGCCCCACUAAGAUGUCAACAAGUAGGAUCAGAAAUGUUAAGAGGAUCUUGGGCUUCUCUAAAGCUAGAUCGGACAUCCUAUACCUGGGAGUUCCUCUCGUUAAAGGGAGAAUUAAAUCAGCUAUGUUUCAGCUCCUUAUGGAUAAGAUUAGCUACAGAAUAAAUGGUUGGAAUUCCAGAUUUUUGUCUCAAGCAGGUAGGCUGACUCUCAUCAAACAUGUGUUGGGUAGCAUGUCGCUUCACAUCAUGGCAGCCAUGAAAAUUCCAGCACAAAUUGUGGCCAGUUUGGAACAUCGUUUUGCUCACUUCUUUUAG